AUGGCGCGCCUGCUCCUUGUUCUGGUGCUGGCUGCCGCAUUGGCUGCAGGUGCGUCUGCGCUGAAGAAACCCCCAGUCUACAAGAUCCCAACCGGCGCCGCGCUGACCAGCCUGCCGGGGGCCAAGCUGCUGAUGCCCUCGAAGCAGCUGGUGACCAAGCUGUCCCUUUCCCUGUCACCGGUGACGUUCCAGCUCACGCUCAAGAACAAGACCCUGGUGCUGCAGUUCACGUCGCCCGCGUUCAUCAGCGACUCUGGCAAGAAGGCGCUCGCUUUUGGCCCCACGCUGCGCAUCAACAGGGGCGGCACGUACUCCGUUCAGAUUGCAAACCAGAUGGUGGAUCCCAACCCCGAGAAGCCAGGGGAUAACGCCAAGCCGUUCUAUGGACCAAUGGACACAAACUUCCACUCCCACGGCCUGCACUUCCCAACUGGCGCUCCCAGCCAGGUCACCGCCUCCACCAAGUACAUAGGAGGGGACAACGUCUUCAUCAAGCUGCCCGCCAAGGUCGCAGAGGCUGACAAGCCCUCAACAAUCACGUUCAAUGGCACCCUCCCAUCCGACCACUUCCCGGGGCUCAACUGGUACCACCCCCACAAGCAUGGCAGCACGACCGUACAGACCAGCACCGCUCAUGGCGCGAUCUUGGUGAACGACGACUUUGAUGUGUGGAUGCCAAUAAGCAGCAGCGGCUGCGACGUCAUCAGGCAGGUCCUGGCUGCUGCUGAUGACGUCAUCCUAGACACCACCCUGCUCUUCUUCCAGUACGCUGCACUGCCAGGGACGCCUAAUGCGCUGGCUACCAACGUUGACAAUGCAAACAUCCAGGUGGCAUCCAACAUCUCAAACGGCACGGCCACAGGCAACCUGGCGAUGAACAUGACUGGGCAGGACAUAUACCUCAUUAAUGGGGGGUACCAGCCGCAGAUCUCUAUGCAGUCCGACACGUGGCAGAGGUGGCGCUUCCUGUACAGCGGCGCCAAGGGCUUUAUCGCAAUCACCAUAGCCACCGCUGACAACCAAGUCGCCACGCCAGACUGCGAAAUGAUGCUCAUCGGCAAGGACGCCCUGUACCUGCCGCGCUUGCCGAGGAAGAUCCCCGGCAUCGUCCUGCCAGCUGGCGGACGCGUGGAGGUCCUGGCGCGCUGCUCGGGCGGCCGCGGCACGGGCUAUGUGCUCACAGCGGGGCCUGCGGCCGUCAAGGUAUUCAGCGACGACGGCUUCAAUGGCAACCCGUACUUGCAGCAGCAGGCUGUACUGGCCACCAUCACGAUGAAGGGUGCGUCCGGCAAGGCGGUGCUAAAGCAGCCGCUGAUUGAGGAGGCCUGCGUCCCCAAGCGCCCCUCGUACGCAUCAGACCUGCGCGACGCGGCGCUGGCCGCGGCUAGUUACCCGCUGGGUGACGUCGUCACCAGUGACGUACAAUUCACGUUCAAUCGCGGUUACGCCUGCGAGGUCAACGGUGAUGUGUACAGCUACCCAGACCUGAACCCGCUGCUGAUGCCGCUGGGCAAGGUGGUGCAGUGGAGCUUCAACGAUGUGUUCUUCCACGUCCUGCACGUCCACGCCAACCCGUUCCAGCUGGUGGCGAUCAACGAGACAAUCAACGCGCCCGCUCCCGGCAACCGCCCCACGAGCUUCUACAAGGUUGGCGACUGGUAUGAUACCUUCCUGUAUCCCUUCAAUGCUGCGGCCUUACCUGGCUCCUACCAGCUGCGCUUUCAGCCGGGCCAGUACACCGGGUACAGCCUCAUGCACUGCCACUACCUGCAGCAUGAGGACGCUGGCUGCAUGAAAGAGGUGCUCUUCCAGUGCCCGGGCCACCCCACGGACCAGCCAGCCGAUGGCUUCUGCCCCGGCUUUACGUUCCCAGUGCCCGGCAGUGUAGUGGUGUAG